AUUCCCCGGCGCCGUGUCAUUGGCCACUUCACUGCUGAAGGCCCUGCUGCCACGCCACCCAACACUGCUGUCGCCUCGGGCCCCCCUGCACCUGCUCCUGCACCUGCACCUGCACCUGCUCCUGCUCCUGCUCCUGCUCCUGCCACCACUGCUGCUCCUGCUCCUGCUCCUGCCACCACUGCUGCUCCUGCUGCUCCUUAUCCAUCUGCGACUGUACCACCACCAUCACCACCAUCACCACCACCAGCAGCAGCAGCGCCGCCAGCGGUAGCAGCACCAGGUGCGGAAGCAGGCAUGGAUGCGGUGCUGUCGUCGCCAGCUGUGCACAGCCGGCUGGUGGCAGAGACAGCGGAGAAGAUCACGAGUGACCCCGCCUUCAAGAGCGCCCUCGCCACCUACAUCGCCUCGCUGCUCUCCACCCAGUUCCCCGCCACUGCUGCUGCUGCCGGCCCCACUCCUGCUGCCACUCCCACUGCUGCCCCUGCUGCUGCUGCAGCCCCUCCUGCCCCUGCAUGCAGUGCUGGUGCCGGCACACCAGUCGCAGGCGGCUCUGCAGCCAUUGCACAGCAAACCGGGCAGGCUAUUGUGCAGGGCCAACAGCAGCUGGUAGCAUCAGCUCUGCAGCAGCAGCAGCAGCAGCAGCCACACCAACAGCAACUCGUGCCCCAGCAGCACCCAUUGCUUCUCUCCUCCCCCUCGUUCGCCUCCUCCCUCUUCCCCAUGCUCGCACCCACCACUGCUGCCGUGCCUGCCACUGCCUCGUGGCCGUUCGCCCCAGCCACCCAUGCUGCCUCCGCUCCACCGCCACCCCCCUCAGCCCUGCCAGGUGCCGUGGGAGCGACUCAUGCGCCACGGGAAGGUGCAGCGAUGAGGCCCGUGCUGCCGUCGCCGUGCAGCCCCGCGGCGCUGCUGCCCUCCCCACUUGCUGCUCCCAUGACCCCCGCGCCCUCGCCUCUCGGCUUCUCGCAUCUCUUUGCGCCUGCCUCCACCACGCCGCUCGACCUCUUCCCCCAGGUGGCCGCUGCCAAAGAACCAUCCAGCUCACCCAGCUUUCACUCUAACGCUAAUCGCUCCGACUAGCAACGUGGCCUUGCAUUGCAGGGAGAUGGAGCACCUUACUGAUGAUCUCCAGUACUUCAUGUCAAUCCCUUACAUGCUAUAAUCCAUCUCUUGGGCUGAGUGCAGCCCAGGGAUCUUAUGCAGAGACCGAGUCAUUUGUAGGUAGAGUGCUUGAUAGCAUAGCGAAAGUCUUACCGUAUCCACCCGGAUAGGCGCCCCCCGGGGGAUAGGCCUCAGGGUUUCCUGUAAUCAUCUGAUGGGGCUUAUGUGCCUUAUUUGAUUAUAAACCCAACCCUGUCUG